GCAACAGGAGCUCCAACGAGCACUGGAAACCUCGACGGCCAAGACCCGAGUCCGAGCCCCAAGACAUUGUUGUAGCCAUCGUCGCAGUCCAGUUUUGCGGUUAACGUCGCCGUCGACGCCCACACACACACAACACACUCACAACGAACACACCGCGCAGCGAAAACGAUAACGGCUAGGAAAUAAAUAAACAGUUUUAGUUGCUGUCGGCGAUUCCUGAGGAGCGGAGCCAAAUCGAAAUGCUGGCGGCUCAGGAGAAUCGCUUCCAGUAUGUGUACUUUGCGUUAUCCGCCCUGGUGGCCAGCGCCAUGCUCAUCCUGGUCUACAUCUCCAUGCGCUCGAGCCUAAAUGAGCGACUGCGCGAGGAUCUGGCCAAGACGCAGCAUCAGAUGAUCUUUGAGAAGCCAAAUCCUCAUUGGGACUACAGCAAUAGCUGGCGAAGGAUAGGAAAUACCUCGCUCAGGCAUGAGAUUUACUCGGCCUACUUUGAUGUGAGAACAGAGAUCAUAGGCAACGUCCGCUUGGAUGAGGAGCAAAUGACCAUCGGAUCCCUGCGUCUGUUUGCCAUUCUCCCAGAGCGCCUGCGCGACUCCCGGGUGAGCUGCAUCGUCCGUUUUGCGGACUUUACCAGCCAGGAGAUUGUGGCCGAGGAGGCGGGAGCCAUGCAUGAUGUGCACAAUAAUACCUUUGCUGCCUGGAGCAUCAUGUGUCCCCUGCAUGCCUCCCGUAGGAGUCCGAUGCGGCUGCCACAAGCGGUUGCCUUGACCUAUGGCUCCAACAGGCUGAGUCACCUGAGUCCUACUUUUGUGCAAAUCAGUUAUCCCCGCAACAUGACCAAUCUCUUUGGACGCUCCCGUCCCACAAUAUCCGUGUGCGUGGGUCCGCUGCAAGAGAACUACUCCAAUGUCCUUCGUCUGGUGGAGUUUGUGGAGAUGUAUCGCCUUCAGGGUGCCAGUCAUUUCUAUUUCUACUAUGUGGAGGCCACCGAGGAUGUGCGUCGUGUCCUGGAACACUAUCAGCGCAUCGGGUUGGCCGAUGUCUUUGAGUGGAAUGUGCAUUCGCAUCUGGAGGAUCUCCAUUAUGCCGGAAUCGUGGCGCAGUUCAAUGACUGUGUUUAUCGUGCCAAUGUCGUGGAUAACUUUAGGUAUGCCGCAGUGGUGGAUCUGGAUGAGGUGAUGAUGCCGCUGAAGCACAACACCCUGGCGGAUUAUCUGCGUCAGUGCGAUGAGGGCCGAACCGCGGGCUUUGUCUUCCGCAAUGUCUUCUUCCACCGAAAGGAUAGUAAUGACACCUUCAAUGCACCCGCCCAUGUUCUCAAUCGGCUGCUCUACACCCAGUCGAAGGUGAAGAGGACUUUGGAGGUCCUGCCCGCCCAUAUACGGAGCAAGGUGGUGGUCAAUGCCCGGGGCAUUGUGGAGAUGGGUAACCAUCAGGUUUAUCGCUCCGCUCCGGGCUACACCGAUCACAUAGUGCAUCCGACGGUGGGGUUGCUGUUCCAUUACCGUGACAAGUGCAUCAACUGCAAGAUGGUGCUCAUUGUGGACUAUACCGCGCGGAGAUUUGGAUCGCUGCUCUUCGAUCGCGUUGACACCACGUGCCUGGAGGUUUUCAUGGACCGAAGGGGCAUCUGCGAGAUGACGUAGCCCUUAUCGGUGCUUCGAUCUCCGAGAGACGCCCCCAAAAAAACUACAAAGACCAGAGAUCUCACGGCUCAGUUCUGAGCGUGGCCUCCGCCCGUCGACAUGCUGAAGUUCUGCUCGCUCCGCAAGGGCAGGGAGUCCACGAUUCCCAACCCGAUUCCGGCUCCAGCUCCAGUUCCGGCUCCCAGAGUGGCCAAGAGUGUACGACAAAUUAGGCUAAGUCCCCAAGCUGUUCUCUCUAAGUGUUAUGCCGUAAUAAAUCGUGC